AAGAGAGCUAUAAAUGAAGAGUCCAAGACCCUUUCUCCAGGAUCCAGGUAGCUCCCAUUGUUUCUAGGGUCAAAUCAAUUCUUCUGACCUGAGCGCCAUGAAGCUUCUGUCAGUCUGUGCUGUUGCCCUGCUGGCAGCACAAGCUGCGGGUGCCUCCAUCAAGCACCGCAUCAAUGGCUUCACUCUCACAGAGCAUCCGGAUCAAGCCAAACGUGAUUUGUUGCAGAAACACGUGACUUGGGAUGACAAAUCUCUCUUCGUCAACGGCGAGAGGAUUAUGAUCUUCAGUGGCGAAGUCCACCCAUUUAGACUUCCCGUUCAGUCACUGUGGAUCGAUGUUUUCCAGAAAAUCAAGGCUUUAGGAUUCAAUUGCGUCUCAUUCUACACAAACUGGGCUCUGUUGGAAGGAAAACCGGGUGAAUACAGAGCCGAUGGUGUCUUUGCUUUGGAACCCUUCUUCGAUGCAGCCAAGGAAGCUGGAAUUUACCUUCUUGCUCGUCCGGGCCCCUACAUUAAUGCCGAAGUCUCCGGUGGUGGAUUUCCCGGAUGGCUGCAGAGGGUGAAUUCUACGCUUCGAACCUCUGGCAAGACCUAUUUGGAGUCCACUGAUAACUACAUUGCCCACAUUGCUGCUACUAUUGCCAAAGCGCAAAUCACGAAUGGUGGCCCGGUUAUUCUCUAUCAGCCCGAGAACGAAUAUACUGGUGCCUGCUGUGGCUACGACGAUUUCCCUGAUGGGGGCUACAUGCAAUACGUGAUGGACCAAGCCCGGAAAGCUGGAAUCGUCGUGCCUAUGAUCAGCAACGAUGCCUCGCCCAAGGGAACUAACGUUCCUGGAAGCGGAGAAGGUGCUGUUGACAUCUAUGGUCAUGAUAGCUAUCCUCUCGGUUUCGAUUGCGCAAACCCAACAGUGUGGCCAGAUGGUAGUCUGCCUACUAAUUUCCGUGAUCUGCAUCUUCAGCAGAGCCCUUCGACCCCAUACUCUCUCAUCGAGUUCCAAGCCGGAGCUUAUGACCCAUGGGGAGGACCGGGAUUUGACGCAUGUGCCGGUCUUGUCAACCAUGAGUUUGAGAGAGUGUUCUACAAGAAUGAUUUCAGUUUUGGUGUUGCAAUCCUGAACUUAUACAUGACAUUCGGUGGUACCAACUGGGGCAAUCUCGGUCAUCCAGGAGGGUACACCUCCUACGACUAUGGCUCUCCAUUAACCGAAACCCGAAACAUCACCCGUGAGAAGUAUAGCGAGCUCAAACUGAUCGGCAACUUUGCCAAGGUAUCUCCGUCAUACCUUCUGGCUACUCCUGGCAACCUCACCACAUCGGCCUAUACAAACAAUGCUGAAUUGGCCGUGACUCCUCUUGUCGGACAUGGUUCUGGCUCGUAUUUCGUUGUCAGACACUCAGACUACACUAGCCAGGCCUCGACUGAUUACAAACUCCGUCUUCCGACCAGUGCUGGUAAUCUGACGGUUCCUCAGCUUGGAGGAACUCUAUCCCUCAACGGACGCGAUUCCAAGAUCCAUGUUGUUGAUUACAACGUGUCUGGUACCAACGUGCUCUAUUCUACCGCAGAGGUCUUCACCUGGAAGAAGUUUGCUGAUAAGAAGGUUCUCGUGCUCUACGGUGGACCUGACGAACACCAUGAAUUGGCUAUUUCGUCGAAAUCAAACGUGUCGGUCAUCGAGGGAUCGGAAUCAGGUAUCUCUUCGAAGCAAAUUAAAAACACAGUCGUCGUUGGCUGGGAUGUUUCAUCCACUCGCCGCAUUAUCCAGGUUGAUGAUCUCCAAGUUCUCCUUCUCGACAGAAACUCUGCCUACAACUACUGGGUUCCCCAGCUUCCUGCGGAGGGAACCUCGCCGGGUUACAGCACCCAGAAGAACACCGCGUCUUCUAUCAUUGUCAACGCAGGCUAUCUGGUGCGAACAGCUUACGUGGAUGGUCAAGACCUUCAUCUUACCGCAGACUUCAACGCUACAACCACAGUUGAAGUGAUCGGUGCCCCAUCCAGUGUUAAGAACUUUUACAUCAACGAGAAACAGAUCCAGCAUUCGGUUGACAAGAAUGGAAUUUGGUCGGGCAAGGUUGAAUACACCGCUCCUAAGAUUGAGCUUCCCAGCUUGAAGGACCUGGACUGGAAGUAUCUCGAUACUCUACCAGAAAUCCAGUCUUCAUACGAUGAUUCUGCUUGGACUGCUGCCGAUCUCAAGAAAACGGACAACACCCUUCGUCCUCUCGAUACUCCUACGUCUCUGUAUUCGUCCGACUACGGCUUCCACGCCGGGUACUUGAUCUACCGGGGUCAUUUCACUGCCACUGGUAAUGAGAGCAGUCUCUUCAUUCACACACAGGGUGGUUCGGCAUUCGGAAGCUCGGUGUGGCUAAACGAGACAUACGUGGGCUCAUGGGCCGGAAUUGAUAAGGACAUGGACAGCAACUCGACUUACAAGCUCCCUAAGCUCCAGGGAGGUAAGCCUUAUGUGUUCACCGUUGUCGUUGACAACAUGGGACUUGACGAGGACUGGACCGUUGGCAGUGAUGAAAUGAAGGACCCGCGUGGUAUUCUGGGCUACAAGUUGUCUGGACGCGAUUCCAGUGCAAUCACCUGGAAGCUGACCGGUAAUCUCGGCGGAGAGGACUACCAAGACAAGACGAGAGGACCUCUGAAUGAAGGAGGGCUCUUUUCUGAGCGUCAAGGUUUCCACCAGCCCCAGCCCCCGAGCGAUGACUGGGAGUCAUCCAGUCCCUUUGACGGAUUGACCAAACCAGGCAUUGGGUUCUACAGCGCCAAGUUUGACCUUGACAUCCCAACCGGAUGGGAUGUGCCGCUGUUCUUCAACUUUGCGAACAGCACCUCCCCUCCUCCUGCUUAUCGGGUUCAGCUCUACGUCAACGGAUACCAGUACGGUAAAUACGUCAACAACGUUGGUCCUCAGCAGAGCUUCCCAGUGCCCGAGGGCAUUUUGAACUACCGCGGAACAAACUGGCUUGCGGUGACUCUUUGGGCUUUGGAAUCAGAUGGUGCGAAGUUGGAUGGCCUUGAGCUGGCGAACACGACGCCGGUGCUGACUGCCCUGAAGGACUUGGAGGCUUCGGAGCAGCCCAAGUACGAGAAGCGAGAGGGGGCGUAUUAGUUUGAUGAUGUUGGAUAGGCAUAGUAUGUCUUUAAUGGCACUAAUGGAAUGUAUGAAUUCAUAUGGGGAUAUUGCAAAUAUGUUCUACGUCCAGAUUCCAGACCCAUGUGGGCUGACGAGCCAAGUUGUGGAGUCGAACGUGUCGAUUCACCCCGCAUUAUUUACCUGUCAUGCGAUUAGAUGAAUAUUAAAU